CCAGAAGCAUAUGCAAAAGAAAACCCCCAGCGAUCUCCAGCGCCAGAGCCUCCCGAGCCAGCACACCCGCCGCCGCCGUGUCGUCGCUUUCGGCCUCCCGGACCAACACCGCCGACGUGGCGCCCCCGGAGUUCGAGCCCAAGGUGUCGCCGCCGCCGCCCUUCGCAUCGGACCGCUGGGCCGCGGGCGGCGCCUCCUCGUCGGACGAGGAGGAGGACGUCAAGAAGACCACAACCAAGAAGGGCGCCGCCGCCGCCAGCAAGCGCGCGCCGGCGAAAAAGAGCUCCAAGCCCAAGGGCAAGGACAAGUACCUCGCGGAGGCGCCACCAUCCGAGCAGGAGUUCAUGUCCGGCACCCCCGACUUUGACGACGACGCGCUGCCGCCGACCUCCUUCGACCCGUUCGCGGACGAGGCCGCCGACGCGGGCGCCGGCGCCGCCGGGGCCGGGGACGACGGCCGCGUGCACCUCCGCGUGCAGCAGCGCAAUGGCAGGAAGACGCUGACCACGGUGCAGGGGCUCAGCAAGGGCUUCAACUACGCCAAGGUGCUGCGCGACCUCAAGCGGGAGCUCUGCUGCAACGGCACCGUCGUCGAGGACAAGGAGCUCGGCAACGUCAUCCAGCUGCAGGGCGACCACCGCAAGAAGGUCGCGGCCUUCAUCGCCAAGGCCGGGCUCGCAAAGACGGAUUGCAUCAAGGUCCACGGAUUCUAGUCGCGCGCGUCGUCCAGAUCGAUCUGUGUCCCAAAAGUUUGGUUUAGUUUCGAGUCUCUGCUGUUUAGAACUUAUUAGGAGUGCGCUUUGAUUAGCUUGAAAUCGGGUUUGCUGUUUGGUGAUUUUACUUUUGUGUGAGUUUAUUUAGCCAUAAUGGCGUGCAGUUGUCAGCUUAAUCGUGUAAGUGAUCGUACUUUUGCUACAUCAAUAAUAAUGCAGACUUUUAUA